AUGAGACAAGACCUCGGGAGAUCAAGCUUCCCACCAAUGCAUCAAGGUUGCAAGAUUGAUCAAUUCACCCAUUUGAAACCCUCAUCUUUUGAGGGUGGUACUGACCCAAUUAAGGAUGAGACGUGGAUGGAAGAGAUGGAGAAGAUAUUGACAAUGUUGAAUUGCACUGAGGAGCAGAAAGUUCUUUUCGCCACCUUCAAACUGGUAGGAGAAGCUAAACGGUGGUGGCAUGCGAUAAAUCUAUUGGAAGAACUGCGAGCAGUACCUAUAGAAAUGACGUGGGGUCAUUUCAAGCAGUAUGCUACUAAAUUUAUGGAACUUUCACGCUUUGCACCUUCCAUGGUUCCAAAUGAAUACCAAAAGGUGAGAUGGUUUGAAAGGGACCUGAAUCAGAGGAUUCACGAGCAUAUGGCAUGUUUGCAAAUUCAGGAUUUUGUGGAACUGGUGGAAAAAGCCACUGUUUUAGAGUCAAGUCUGCAGAGAGGUGCAGAGGCAUCAGAACGAAGGAAAAAGCCAAUGUCUCCCCGUUCCCAGGCCAAUAUUAGAAAAGGGUCAAGGAGGGGAGAAAAAGAUGUUGCAGGUCAGGGGUUGGAAGGAAAUGAUCAGGGACGACAGGGCAAUUCGUCACACCCCCACUGCCCUAGAUGUAACCAGCGGCAAUGGGGAGAAUGCCGGAGUCGGGGUGUCGUGUGCUAUAGAUGCAGCAAAUAUGGUCAUAUUGACAUAGAAUGUCAAGAACCGCCGAACAACACACCUUCUCCAAAUCAGAAUCAGAGGAACAACUUGGUGCCUCGUGGUAGCGGUGCCCCGACACAUGUUUUUAUAUUGUGUACACCUGAGGGGGACAAUGCUAAAGGUGCAGGUAAUAUGUCUACAUUAGCAUGA